CUCAAAACRCUUYCACAUCCCRUAUUUCGUAUUUCUUCGAGACACCCUGAGCUAUGUAGCAUUACUUAUGCUUCAUAUUGCUGUGUGUGUACAGCCGUCUGGUCUACGAUUAAGUGUUCUGGAAUGGUUCAUCAUGGYGUUCUUUAUUGGAAGGUUUAUGCAAGAAGUUGAUCAGUCAACAUCAGAAAGAGAUGAAAUACACGAUUUAAAAACACGUUACUCAAAUGAUUUUUGGAACAAACUAGAUGUUGUUACGAUAAUCUGGUACAUCGUAACUUUUAUUUUCCGCAUGGUCACAUGGUCAUUGACGUCACAGCUCAUUGGGAAUGAGUGGCUCGUUGUUACUUCCUAUUUGUAUGGCAUUAACGCUGGUUUGCUAAGUUUGAGGGUCUUUGGACAGAUAAUGGAAGUGAAACAAGCAACUGGGACAAAGCAGAUUGCCUUAAUGCGCAUUAUCAAUGCCGUGUUUGUGAUCCUUGUGCAGAUGGUGGCCGCCAUUACAGGAUUUUCUUUGAUACUAACAAAAAUCUACGUCAGUGAGAUUUCAUACGUGGGGAAUAAAACAUCUCAUGGGUGA